AUGUUCAACAACUGCGCGGAGGUGUCUAAGUGCAGGGGACAAGAACCAAAAUUUUGUGAUACAUGUAAUGACGAAACAACAAAAAGUGAACCUAACGAACAGUAUUACUCAGUUGUAGACAAAAUAUUUUCUAAAAGUACUAGCCAAGAUGACGGGGAAAAUUAUAUGAAAAAUCCACCACAGAAUGCAAGACUUUUAAAACCUCUAAUUCAAGAAAAAAUUGUAGAAAUAAUGAAACCAGAAAUUGAAGAAAAAAUUAUUGAAGUACCUCAAGUACAUUAUAUAGAAAAACUUGUAGAAGUACCACAUGUUAUUUUACAAGAAAAACUUAUACAUGUACCUAAACCUGUUAUUCAUGAAAGGAUAAAAAAAUGCCCGAAGACGAUUUUUCAAGAAAAAGUAGUUGAAGUUCCACAGAUAAAAGUAGUUGACAAAAUUGUUGAAGUACCUCAGUAUGUAUAUCAAGAAAAAAUUAUAGAAGUACCUAAAAUUAUGGUUCAAGAAAGAAUCAUACCUGUACCUAAAAAAGUGAUAAAAGAAAAAAUUGUUGAAAUACCACAAAUAGAAUUAAAAAAUGUAAAUAUUGAAAAAGUACAAGAAAUACCUGAGUAUAUCCCAGAAGUAGUAAAAAAAGAUGUUCCUUAUACUCAAAUUGUCGAUAGACCUUUUCAUGUGGAAAAAAUAGUUGAGGUACCACAUGUACAACAUAUUUACAGAAAUAUUGUUUCUCCUCAAUAUAGACAUAUUCCAAAACCUGUUGAAGUACCUAUGGCACAUUAUAGGACAUUCCCAGUGGAAAAAAUAGUUGAUCGAAAUGUACCGGUACCUGUCGAACUUCAAAUUGUACAAGAAUUCCUUUGUCCAAAAAUUGAAGCAAGAUAUAAAGAAAUACCCGUACCUGUGCAUGUACAACGUAUUAUUGAACAUCCUAUUCCGAAAGAUGCAAUGAAUAACCCUCUUCUGUUGCCCCUAUAUUAUCAAGAAGAUCAGAUUAACAAUAAAAACAAUAAUGGUAAUAGUGGUUAUAAUAAUAGUGGAAAUUGUUAUAAUAACAGUAGCAAUAGUUAUAAUAAUAGUAGCACUGGCUAUUGUAAUAUGAUGCAAUCCAAUAGAGAAAAUAAUACAAAAAAUUGUUUCACGUUUAAUUGGAAUAAAAAUAAUAAUGACCACACCAAAAUUGCUAAAAUGAAAAACCCUUCUGUAGAAUUGUUAUUACAUAAUGACAAAAAUCAAAAUAUUUCUACUACUUAUAAUGAGCCAAAUACCAUAAACGAAAAUUUUACUCCAUCAACUAAUAACAUGUACAUGAAUAAUACAAAUUUUAAGGAUACUUUUAAUAAUCCAUAUACGUACAAUGAAGAAGUCGACUUUAGUAAAACUAUUCCUCCUACCAUGAAUUUACCUUAUCUUAACAGCAUCCAGAGUGCACACAACAUGGGCCCCUACUCAGCCAGUUUGAAUCAGUACCCCUCCGAAAUGAGGCAAUAUCCCUCCGAUUUGAAGCAAUACCCAUCCGAAUUGAGACAGUACCCGUCCAAUAUGAACCAAUAUUCGUCUAACGCAAACCAGUACUCUACUAACACGAAUCAGUACUCACCCGCUAUGAACAGUAUCCCCUACGAUAGUAAUGGUAUUUUCAAAAAAAACAACUCCAUGAAUUUUAGUAAUCAUAGUGUUGGUACCCUCAACAAUUCCUACACCACCAUAUCUCCCAUCGUCCCCCCGGUUCAAAGUGAGCAAGCUUAA